AUUCCCCUCUUUGGUGACCCCAUUUUCCCCUCUGUUCUCCCCAUCCCUUCCCCCCUUCACAUCCCCAUUUUAACCAAAUCCACCCUUUUUCCCCCCAGAAACCCCCAAUGAAGAUGACUCCAUCCCCUUUCCCCACCUGACCUCCCUCUCCCCCCCCCUCGGCACCAUGUCUAGCCCGGACCCCCUGGAGACGCUGCGGGUUGAAGCCAGCUGCUCCGUGUGCCUGGAGUACCUGCAGGACCCGGUGCUGCUGGAGUGCGGCCACAACUUCUGCCGCGCCUGCAUCACCCGCUGGUGGGCAGAGCUGGCGCGGGACCUGCCCUGCCCCGUGUGCCGCAAGCCCUGCCGGCGCCGCGCGCUGCGGCCCAACCGCCAGCUGGGGAACCUGGCGGAGGCCGCGCGGCUGCUGCGGCCUGGCACCAAGCGCAAGGCUCCCGAUGGCGCCAGAUGCCAGACCCACGGCCAGGCCCUGGCGCGUUUCUGCCGCGACGACCAGGCCCCCGUCUGCCUGCUCUGCCAGAUCUCCCACGCGCACCGGGCUCAUGUGCUCGUGCCCCUGGAGGCGGCUGCCAGGGAGUACAAGGAGAAGCUGCAGCGCUGCCUGGAGCCGCUGGAGCAGAAGCUGGAGGUGCUGAGCGGCUGCCGCGCACGCGAGGAGCAGAAACCAGCCCAGCUGAAGAGGUUGGUGUCCGGGCGCCGGGACCGCAUCGCGCAGGAGUUCGAGGAGCUGCGGGCGCUGCUGGCGCAGGAGGAGCAGCUGUUGCUGCGGCGCCUGGAGGAUGAGGAGCAGGAGAUCCUGGAGCGGCUCCGGAGCAACCUGGAGCGCCUGGAGGAGCAGCACCGGGGCCUGGCUGCCCUCGUGUCCCUGCUGCAGGAGAAGUGCCUGCAGCCGGGAGCUGAGAUGCUGAGGGACAUCAAGGACACUCUGGCCAGGUGCGAGGCAGCAGCGGCUCCGCUGGAUGAUCCCGUUUCCAUUCCCAUUGAGCUGGAGAAGAACUUCAGCAGCUUCCCAAGGCAGUACUUCACCCUGCGCAAGCUCACGCGGCGCGUGCUCGGGGAGGUGACUCUGGAUCCCGACACGGCUCAUCCCAACCUGGUGCUGUCCGAGGACCGGAAGAGCGUCCGCUUUGUGGACAUGGGGCCGCGGGAGCUGCCCUAUUCCCCGCGGCGCUUCACCAUGUACCCCUGCGUGCUGGCGGCUCAGGGCUUCACCUCCGGCAGGCACUACUGGGAAGUGGAAGUCGGGGAUAAAACCCAUUGGGCUUUGGGGGUGUGCAAGGAUUCGGUGAGCAGGAAAGGGGAGUUGACCCCCUUGCCUGAAGCCGGAUACUGGCGCGUCCGGCUCUGGAAUGGGGACAAGUACGCGGCCACCACCACCCCCUUCACGCCGCUGACGCUGCGGGUGAAGCCCAAACGCGUUGGGGUUUUCCUGGAUUACGAGGCUGGGAAAGUGGCUUUCUACAACGUGACUGAUCGAUCCCAUAUCUACACCUUCACCGCCACCUUCACCGAGAAGGUCUGGCCCCUCUUCUAUCCCGGGAUCCGUGCCGGCAGGAAGAACGCGGCUCCGCUCGUCAUCCGCUCACCCACGGACUGGGAAUGACUAGGAUAGCUCCGGAGCGGCUCUCCAGGGUCUGGCACAACCGGGAUCUGCGGCUCUCUGAUGCCUGGGACCGCUGGGAUGCGCUGGUCCAGCACUACUGGGAUUUGGCUCUUCAAGGUCUGGGAUGCAGCGAUCCGUCCCUGCUGGGAUUUGGCUCCAUCUCACCAGCACCAGACUGGCUUCAGUUGGGGCAGCACUGGUGGCUUGGGGGGGGCGGCAGGCGUGUGGCAGAGCUGUGUCCCCGUGUCCUCCUGUGUCCAUCCAUGUCCCAUAUCUCUCCAUUCAUGUCCAUCCAUGUCUCAUAUCUCUGUCCAUUCAUGUCCAUCCAUGUCCCAUAUCUCUGUCCAUUUGUGUCCAUCCAUGUCCCAUAUCUCUGUCCAUUUGUGUCCAUCCAUGUCUCAUAUCUCUGUCCAUUCAUGUCCAUCCAUGUCUC